AUGGUGCAGGAUAAAAGCAGUAGCAGUGCAGUCUGUGGUAAAACUUUUCAUGCACCUGAGUAUUGUAAAUCUUCACAAGAAGCUCAGAAUGAAGCUGCUAAACUUGCUUACCAUCAUUUUAGUACUGCUUCUUCUAAAAAACCUCUCAAUCGCCCUGCUAAAAUCAGACGCUUAGAUUCUCCUUCUCCUCCAAUAUCUAACUCCUCACCUGCAGCAGUUAUUGCUGAUCAUUCACCAGAACCUGCCAUUCUCCAACACAAGAACCAGCUUCAGAUUUACGCUCAGAAGAGAAAACUCAAUUUGCCCACUUAUUCUUAUGUACGUGAGGGACCUCCUCAUAACGUCCGCUGUAAAGCAAUGGUUACAGUUGACGGACAAACCUUUGAGAGCCCUGAGUUUUGCCGCACACAAAAGGAUGCAGAACAUGCUGCAUCAAGAGUUUCUUUAGAGUCGUUGAUGCGUGCCGGUAUUCUAGAGGAUGAGUCGGCUGGUUUCAGCAAGAACUUUUUACAAGAAUUCCUAAUGAAAGGAGGUCUUCCCUUGCCAAUUUAUAAGACGAAAUCUUGUGGCGCGCCUCAUCUACCAACAUUCUUGUGCACCGCGCAAGUAGGUACUGACGUUUUUGAAGGUAUAGCAGCUAGAACAAAGAAACAGGCAGGGAUGAAUGCGGCAAAAGUUGCAUAUUGUCAACUUAAAGAACGAAAAUUGAGUGCAACAAUGAUCUCUGGAGGAAAGGAUACUCUUCAAUGUACUUCUUCUAACUCGUCCUUGAAUCAGGACUUGCAAAUGAAUGUCAAAUCAGAAGAUCGCUUGGCUACACCACCUGCUCAGGAAUCUAAAAAGGAAUGGAAAGACUCUUUGUUAGCUAGCUCUUACAAUAUCUUCAUGGACUUUAUGCAAGAUAUAGGUAGCUACAAGGAUGCUAAUCUGGCAAAGCCAGUAGAUAAGGGACAAUUCAGCAGUCCUCCCUCAGUUGGUUCUUCCUUCAAGCCAGGUGUUACUCAAAUUACGAAGAACAAAGCACCCGGCGCGAUAGAUGCACGUCUACAAGAUAUAGGUAGCCAGAAGGAUGCUAAUCUGACAAAGCCAGUAUAUAGGGGACAAUUCAGAAGUCCUCCCUCAGUUGCUUCUUCCUUCAAGCCAGGUGUUCCUUCAAUUGCGAGGAACAAGGCACCCGGCGUGCUAGAUGCACGUCCCCAAGUUCCAUUACCUUUUUCGCUUUCCUCAGCCGAUGUCUGUGUGAACUGUUCGCUCUCUCCGGUUCACCAAGGUCGGUGUGCAAGACACUCCCCACUCCCCAGUAUCCCAUCGACAGAAGAGAUUGCUGAGCUUGCUAAGAAGAUGCUUGCAGUUUGGGAGAGCAACAUUCUCUGGACAAACCAAGAUUAUGGCUCAAAACCCGUAAUUGAGGUCAUGCUAGCUCUAACCAACAUGGUAAAAGCUGCCAAGAUCCUCCUUGAAGAGCUUGCAAUUGCUAAAUGGGAGAUACAUAUGAUGUCUCACUAA